AUGCACCCAAACAUCCUGGAAGGGUUCGGUGCGAGGGUGCAUGCCUGCUCCCGGAACGCGGCGGAGCUGGAGGAGUGCCGACGGCGGUGGGAGGAGAAGGGCCUGCAUGUCACCGCCUCCGCCUGCGACGUCUCUGUGCGCGCCGACAGGGAGAGGCUCAUGGACACCGUCCGGCAGACCUUCGACGGCAAGCUCGACAUACUAGUGAACAACGCGGGGCAGCUGCUGGUGAAGCCCACCGCGGAGUGCACCGCGGAGGAGUACUCCAAGGUGAUGGCUACCAACCUGGAGUCGAGCUUCCAUCUCAGCCAGCUCGCGCGCCCUCUUCUCGUGCGCGCCGGAGGAGGCAGCAUCAUCAACAUGUCCUCCAUUGGAGGCUCCAUCGGCUUCGUAGGCUCCACCGUCUAUGCUAUCACAAAAGGUGCAAUGAACCAACUGACGAGGAGUUUGGCCACCGAGUGGGCCCCUGACAAGAUCCGUGUGAACGGUGUCGCCCCAGGAUUUAUCACAACCGAUAUGAUUAAAGACAUGGAUACGGAGUACCUGGAACAGGAGCACUCCAAAACCCCGUUGCGGCGGAGUGGCAAGCCAGCUGAGAUCGCCUCCGCGGUGGCAUUUCUGUGCAUGCCGGCGGCUUCCUUCAUCACCGGGCAGGUCAUCUGCGUCGACGGUGGUCGGACCAUUAGUGCUUAA